ACCGGAGUCGAAUAAGGAAUUGCAAUAAUUAGUUAGUAAAAAUGGACCGCUUCUCCUGGUCAAACGGGCUCUUAGAAAUAAACGAAACUUUAGUGAUCCAGCAGCGAGGUGUCAGACUGUAUGACGGCGAUGAUAAGGCUAAGCUGGAUGUUGGAGUUGUCUUGUUGAGCACCCAUCGUUUGAUCUGGAGGGACGUUAAAAACCACGAGUGCUGCAUAGCCAUGCCCCUGUCACAGAUCAUCUUCUUUGAGGAGCAGGCUGCAGGAAUAGGAAAGAGUGCAAAUGAUAGUUAUCACCUGCACCCAACACCAAACAAGGAGCCAGGCCCUACCAACACGGCAAUUUGCUCCGUCAUCAAGCUGGGUCUUCAAGAACAUGUUCAGAUUGAGGUUUACAGUAGGCUAACAAGAGGAAAAUGACUCACGAAGAGAUGGGAGAAUACACCAGUGUUCACAACCCAUCCCACAGGAACUGGCUCUCCAGGCAGGAAGCGGACUCGUGCAGUGGGACUUGUUUGCAUGGAGAGGCAAAGUUGAAGAGAAUUGAGGAAAGAAACAAAAAACGCCUUUGAGGACCUCAGUAAGCUGAUGGUGAAGGCUAAAGAGAUGGUGGAGCUGUCCAGAUCCAUAGCCAACAAGAUCAAAGACAAACAGGGAGACAUAACAGAAGAUGAGACCAUCCGGUUUAAAUCCUACCUACUAAGCAUGGGUAUUGCCAACCCUGUUACCAGGGAAACGCAUGGAUCAGGUACACAUUACCAUCUGCAGCUGGCUAAGCAACUGGGAGAUAUGCUACAGGCCCCUCUAGAGGAGCGUGGGGGUAUGAUGGCUCUGACUGAGGUGUACUGUCUCGUCAACCGUGCUAGAGGGAUGGAGCUCUUAUCUCCAGAAGAUUUGGUAAACGCAUGCAAGAUGUUUGAGUCGUUGAAGCUCCCGUUGAGGCUGCGUGUGUUUGACAGUGGUGUGAUGGUGGUCCAGCUGCAAUCUCACAGCGAAGAGGAAAUGAUAGCCUCAGCUCUGGACAGUGUGUCAGACAAAGGCUCUUUGACAGCAGAGGAGUUUGCGAAGCUCCUGGGUCUCUCUGUUCUUCUGUCUAAAGAGCGGUUGCUGCUGGCUGAGAAGAUGGGCCAUCUGUGUAGAGACGACUCCGUGGAGGGUUUGAGAUUCUACCCAAACCUCUUUUAAACCUGUUUACAGUCAUUAUUGUUGAGAUACAAAAAAAACUUUACUGUGCUACACUGUCUCUACUGAUUGACGGAUGCAUUAAAAACAAUCCUCUUACCACUACACAUACAUACUGAUGUACAACAGCGCACUGUCUGCUGUACUUUGAGUACAGUAGUGUACCUAUCCGAUCUGGUUAUGAUAAUUCUGUUGGUGGUAGAUCUCUGCAAAUCCACUGUAGGUGCCACCAACUAUUUCCUAUCUAGGUCUAAGAGAAACAAAGAAGAUAAAACAGACAAAACUGUUCAGAAUACUGUACAUGCAGCAAAGUGUUCACUUCUCGGUAUAGUGAUCAUUAUGUGUGUAAGGUAAUAAGUAAUAAGGCUUUGGGAAAACUGACUUAAUGGGAUAGAGUUUCUUUUUCCAAGUGGACGGUUAUGGAAAGCCCAAAGCUACUGACCAUGUUUUCUUAAGUAAAAAAUAAAUUUAUGUAAUAAAUGAUUAAA